GGGGGAGGAACCGGAACCGGCGGUCGCUCGGGGGCGGGGCUUCGCGGGCCGCUGUGGCGGCGGCUGGCGCUGUAUCCGCGGUGGCGAAAUCGGAGGCGGCCGCUGCAUCCUGGAGCCCCAUGGUGCGGGGCGGCGUCCAGGCCACUGGAAGAGUUCGAGGCCCGGUCUGCGCCGGCUGAGUGUGCGGGCCCGUGCAGCUCGGAACCUCCGCCGCCCGUCGAGCCUCUCCGGGCGCGGGCCGGCGGGCCAUGGGGUCCCUGUUCCGGAGCGAGACCAUGUGCCUGGCGCAGCUCUUCCUGCAGUCGGGCACGGCCUACGAGUGCCUCAGCGCCCUGGGCGAGAAGGGCCUGGUCCAGUUCCGAGACCUGAACCAGAAUGUAAGUUCUUUCCAAAGAAAAUUUGUUGGUGAGGUGAAGAGGUGUGAAGAGCUAGAGCGAAUAUUGGUGUAUUUGGUCCAGGAAAUUAAUAGAGCGGAUAUUCCCCUUCCUGAAGGAGAGGCCAGCCCUCCUGCGCCACCCCUGAAACAGGUUCUGGAAAUGCAGGAGCAGUUGCAGAAGCUCGAGGUUGAACUGAGAGAAGUCACUAAGAACAAGGAGAAACUGAGGAAGAACUUGCUGGAACUGAUUGAGUACACUCACAUGCUGAGAGUGACAAAAACCUUUGUGAAACGCAAUGUUGAGUUUGAACCCACUUAUGAAGAAUUCCCGUCCUUAGAGAAUGAUUCUUUGUUGGAUUACAGCUGUAUGCAGAGGCUGGGAGCAAAACUGGGAUUUGUGUCUGGCCUAAUCAACCAAGGAAAAGUGGAAGCAUUUGAAAAAAUGUUGUGGAGAGCCUGCAAAGGGUACACCAUUGUGUCCUAUGCAGAACUGGAUGAGUCCCUUGAAGACCCUGAAACAGGGGAAGUCAUAAAAUGGUAUGUCUUUUUAAUAUCCUUUUGGGGAGAGCAGAUUGGCCACAAGGUUAAGAAGAUAUGUGAUUGCUACCACUGCCACGUAUACCCCUAUCCAAACACAGCCGAGGAGCGGAGGGAGAUCCAGGAGGGGCUGAACACGCGCAUUCAAGAUCUCUACACUGUGCUGCACAAAACUGAGGACUAUUUGAGGCAAGUGCUAUGUAAAGCGGCUGAGUCUGUCUACAGCCGUGUGAUCCAGGUGAAGAAAAUGAAGGCCAUCUACCACAUGCUGAACAUGUGCAGCUUCGAUGUGACCAACAAGUGCCUCAUUGCCGAGGUCUGGUGUCCUGAGGCCGAUCUGCAGGACCUGCGCCGGGCGCUGGAGGAGGGCUCGAGAGAGAGCGGUGCUACAAUCCCCUCAUUCAUGAACAUAAUCCCCACAAAAGAGACACCCCCAACUCGGAUCCGCACCAACAAAUUCACCGAGGGAUUUCAGAACAUUGUGGAUGCUUACGGAGUUGGAAGCUACAGAGAAGUCAAUCCAGCUCUCUUUACCAUCAUCACCUUCCCGUUUUUAUUUGCUGUGAUGUUUGGAGACUUUGGACAUGGCUUCGUGAUGUUUUUAUUUGCCCUCUUGUUGGUGUUAAAUGAAAAUCAUCCCAGACUAAAUCAGUCACAGGAGAUCAUGAGGAUGUUUUUUAAUGGCCGUUAUAUCCUCUUGCUGAUGGGGCUGUUCUCGGUGUACACCGGCCUCAUCUACAAUGACUGCUUUUCAAAGUCAGUCAACCUGUUCGGCUCCAGGUGGAAUGUGUCUGCCAUGUACAGCUCCAGCCACACCCCCACAGAGCAGAAGAAGAUGGUGCUUUGGAACGACAGUGUCGUCAGGCACAACAGGGUUUUGCAGUUGGACCCAAGCAUUCCUGGAGUGUUCCGAGGCCCUUAUCCCCUUGGCAUUGAUCCUAUUUGGAACUUGGCCACAAAUCGCCUCACUUUUCUAAACUCUUUCAAAAUGAAAAUGUCUGUGAUUUUAGGAAUCAUUCACAUGACUUUUGGAGUUAUUCUGGGAAUAUUUAACCACUUGCACUUCAAGAAGAAGUUCAAUAUUUACCUGGUUUCCAUCCCAGAACUUCUCUUUAUGCUCUGUAUCUUUGGAUACCUUAUAUUUAUGAUUUUCUACAAGUGGCUGGUUUUUUCAGCAGAAACCUCCAGAGUUGCUCCCAGCAUACUGAUUGAAUUUAUUAACAUGUUUUUAUUCCCAGCCAGUAAAACAAAUGGUCUUUACACAGGGCAGGAGCAUGUCCAGAGAGUGCUGCUGGUUGUCACAGCAUUGUCGGUCCCUGUCCUCUUCUUGGGAAAGCCACUGUUUUUGUUGUGGCUUCACAAUGGGCGUAGUUGCUUCGGGGUGAACCGGCGCGGUUACACACUUGUAAGGAAAGACAGUGAGGAGGAAGUGUCCUUGCUGGGAAACCAAGAUGUAGAAGAGGGAAAUAACCAGAUGGAAGAUGGAUGUCGAGAAGUGACGUGUGAAGAGUUUAAUUUUGGAGAAAUACUAAUGACUCAAGUAAUCCAUUCCAUUGAGUACUGUCUGGGAUGCAUCUCCAACACCGCCUCCUACCUGAGGCUCUGGGCGCUCAGCCUGGCUCACGCACAGCUGUCCGAUGUCCUGUGGGCCAUGCUGAUGCGCGUGGGCCUCCGUGUUGACACCACCUAUGGCGUCUUGCUGCUGCUCCCGGUUAUCGCGCUUUUUGCGGUUUUAACCAUUUUCAUCCUUCUGAUCAUGGAAGGGCUUUCUGCGUUUCUUCACGCCAUACGCCUCCACUGGGUAGAAUUUCAGAACAAAUUCUACGUUGGUGCAGGCACCAAAUUUGUUCCUUUCUCAUUCAGUCUACUUUCAUCGAAGUUCAGUAACGACGACAGUGUGGCAUGAUCAUCUUGCUGUAACCAACAAGCCCUCCCAUGUGUGGAGAAUUAUCAUGUUAUAGAAUUUCACUUAUGUCAGAUUUAUGAUAGGAAAAAUUCCAUCUUCAUUGACUGCCUUAUGACAUAGCCAAAUAAUUCUGUAAGAUAUACCUCUUCCUCAUAUGUUAAAUAUUUUCUAAAGUUUAUCAAUUUGAGAUAUAAAAAUUUCUUUUGUUUUUUUUUUUUUAUGAUGAGCAAAUAUAAGUUAAUGCCAAAUGUUAUGUUAAAGGUAUUUUUUCAAAUACAGGAUUGGGAGAGAGAAACCAAUUUUGAAUGACUAAUUGAAAAUGGUAUUAGACACUUGAUUCCUUAAAACUUUAUUUUUUAAAAAAACAGUUAAUCUGUCACCUGAGAUUGUCAGAUGAUACUUUCCAACAGUUGAAAUAUGGAUAGUUUUAAAAAAAAUUUAAUGAUGGGUAAUCAAAACAUUCACAUGUAUUCUGCUUGAUUAAAAGAUAUGCAAAGUUUUGUGUUUUUUUGAGAUGAAGUCUUGCUCUGUUGCCCAGGCUGGAGUGCAGUGGCACAACCUCAGCUCACUGCAACCUCUACCUCCUGGGUUCAAGCGAUUCUCCUGCCUCAGCCUCGAGAGUAGCUGGGAUUACAGACGCCCACUACCAUGACAGGCUAAUUUAUUUGUUUUUUUAUAGAGAUGGGGUUUCACCGUGUUGGCAAGGCUGGUGUCAAAUUCCUGACCUCAAGUGAUCCACCCGCCUCGGCCUCUCAAAGUACUGGGAUUACAGGCGUGAGCUACUGUUCCUGGCCAAAAAUAUGCAAACAUUUUUUAUCCUGUGCUACCUAGAAUUAUAAGUAGAGGAUUGUUUUUACAGUUUUGUCUUGUUUUAGUAAUUGGGGACAAUGGGAUAAAAUAACAUACAACAAAUGGUUAUCCCACUUGUAUAUUUUUUUAAAGACUCUUAUCCUGUUAUCCUUACAUAAAACCAGUUAUGAUAAUUGUAUGCUUGGAAAGGUAAAUUGUAUACUGGGCCUUAAAACCCAGUGUGACUCUAGAAGGUAUAAUGUGGACAUGAUUUGAAUUUAGUGACAGCUUGGCUGAUUUCACUGAACCAAAACGCUUUAUAGUGAGUGAAGGUAAGGGAAAAAGUAGUAUUUUGUAUAUUUUUAUAACAAAAUAUAAAUGAUGAUAUUUUAUCAUGAAGAGAUUACACUUAUCCUUGAGAACAGUCUAAUGAUAGUUUUUUUACUUUCAGACUAUUUCUAGUUAAAGGUCUGAUAAAAGUAUUUAGAGUUAAUUUAAACUUCCAAAUUGUUUAGAUCAGUUGAAAACUAAUUCUUGAUAGCCACUAUUUUAUAAUCUUUAGUUUAAAUUCAUCUAUUCACUUGACAUUUAGUUUUUUGUGAACUUGAGUCAGUCCUAUUGAACAUUCUGAUCUAUAUUCUUGCAAAUCAUGUUAAUUUUUUAUAUUUUAGUUUUAGACAAUUAUUUUCAGAAAUCUGACUUUUUUUUCCACCUUUUUAACAUUGUGAUUAAUACGCAUUAAAAGGCUAUUUGUCCCUAUCCUCCUUUAUCCUGUUUCGAGGGGGAGAGCUUGUAACUUAUGUCACAAGCUGAGAUCCUGGAGUGCUGAGUUCAACGUAGCUGUGCAGGUGACUUCAAGGCAUGAGCAGAACAGCGUUGACAUAGCUGUGACUCUUCAAAUUAAACCCUUUCAAUUACAGUACACAUUCUGUGUGCUGCUUGAUGAGAUGUCACCCAAGGCCAGCUUGGGUUUACUGCUUUUUGUCUCUCAAAUUAUCAAAUAAUGCUGACAAAACACUUGAAAAUAAUUCUGCUCUCAAAGUGAUACUUCUCUAGAAAGGUGUCAUGUCGGGCACUCUUGUUGGGUGACUGUGACAUCCCAGAAGUGCUGGUCAGGUUUCAGCGGCUUUCACCUAGAUCCAUGCUUCCACUAGGGGUCAUUUGUGUUGUUAACCUUGCUCCAAGGAUCUGUCAUAAAAACAACAGUAACCACUUCAUCCCUCGAAGCCCAAGACUUCAGGGCACUGUUAACUGAUUGGUAAAUAAGAGAUGUUUGCUGGCGUUGUUUACUGCUCCCUACUGUAAUUCUCACGGGGCCACUUUUUAACUCUUUCUAAUUCACACCUCUUCUUAGGCCAUAGAGCAGAGGAUGCAAUAAUUUCUCUGUUGAAAUCUCCGUAGUAGUUAUGUAGAAUGUCAUUAUGUGAAAAACAAUUCAGAAUCCUCACUUCCUGGAAAGGUAGUUUGCUAAUGGUGUUUAUAGGUGCCAGGGCAAUUCCUGUUUUUUGUUUUUGUUUUUUUUUUUUCUCUAAAGCCAUGGGCUCCAGUGUCAUGUUACCAGAGUUGUUGCUCAGUUUUGCUUGUUUUUCAGCCUUUUGCUAGAACCUAUUAUGUGUCUAGUUUUUAAAACAUACUUCAUUCCUUGAAAGCAGAAAUCCAGAGGAAAGAUGGCAGGUUGUGUGGAUGAUGCUGAAUAUGUUUAUUUUCCUAAAGAUAAAUGUCACGACAGCCACAUUUUUCCGUUUUCAUUGAGAUGUUUAUUACCAUGUGUUAACAGAAUCCUAAAAUAAAUACCCAAGGGAUUUCUUCUAAAUAGAAUUUGAUUUCAACCUG